GAAUGUAUGGAAGGGAAAUGAAAAGAUACUAACAGACAAAAGUGGUAGCACUAAGUAGGUUGAUAUAUAUAAAAGGAGAGUGUCCUCUGUCCUGCAAUAUCUAGAAAGCAAAAAACCUGUAAAGAAAAAGCAUUGGAUCCCUAAGUUAAUAAGCAAAAUGCCGAGCAUUUUCAGGAAAAACAUCCACCUUUGUUUCUCAAAAAUCAGGUGUUUACCAACCUCUUUAUCCCCUUCAUUAACCCUUGAAGACGAAGACGAAGACGAAGACGAAGACGAUGACGAUGACGAUGAAUACUUGGAUGAUAUUCCUCAACCAUCAUUUACAGUUAGCAACUUCAACUCCGUGUACGACAACCCCUCUACUUGUUCAUCUUCCACCACUAAUAUUAUCAUAGACGACGACGACGACGACGACGACCUCUUCUCCUCCUCUUUCUCCACCUCUUCAGCCACUGAAUAUCCUGAUUUGUCAGCUAUAUUGGCCUCGCAACGGCUGUUUGUCUCCUCCCCCGGCCUUACCAACUCCAUUUUAGAGUCUCCCUCGUCGUCGUUCUUGCAGGAAAGGCUAGUGGGUGGUGGAGUCCCGAUCAAGAAGGACUCCCCUGACCCUUACUCUGACUUCCGAAGGUCAAUGCAGGAGAUGAUUGAAGCUAGGAAGAGACAUUUAAUACUACAAGGUCAAGGUGGUAUUGAUGAAGAUAACGACCAAAGUCAUGAUUUGUCACUGUAUUUAAAAGAGCUUCUUCUAUGUUAUCUUAAUCUAAAUACUAAACAUACCCACAAGUUCAUCUUCGGAGCUUUUGCUGAUCUUCUAGUGUCUCUAUUGUCGCCACAUUGCCACGAUUCUGCCGCUCUCUAGCCUAGCUAGCUCUAGGACGUACGUGCUAGCUAGCUUGUUGUAACUUCGAACACCAUAUAUUGAUAUAUAAUGCUACAAUUUAGUUAGGUGUUAGAGUGUUAUUGUGUUAAGGGUGUUGAGCGUAGACUUGUUUUCAUAUAUGUACAUUGGUUCAAGAUUGAAGUCGUGGGAGAAGACUAACCUAAUCUUUCCGUUUAUCUUUCUAUGUUAAACAAAAUGUACACUUGUUAAUUGGAGCCUGCCCUUGGAGAAGAUGAUGCUUCAAAAAUGCUUGUAUUAUACUGUAUCAUAUACUGUAUAAUUAAUUGAGUUCCAAGUA